GGUAAACAGGAAAUCAAGAAACCUAAAUAUGUGCAAAUUUCCGUUGAAUCUUAUUCACAUUUGACUGGACUGGAGGAUCAAGUUAAGUCUCUUGAGGAACAAGUGAGUGGCUUAGAGGAUGAUGUCAAGGAUUUGAAUAAAAAGUUGGCUGCUGCACAGUCAGAAAUGACUAAUAAGGAAAACCUGGCUGAGUCAGAAGCUGCGAAACUGAAAAAUCACCUGGAAUCCGUUACUCUUUUGAAGCUUACUGCUGAAGACAGGGCAUCACAUCUGGAUGGUGCACUGAAAUUACAUCUGGAUGGUGCACUGAAGGAGUGCAUGCGGCAGAUACGAAAUUUGAAAGAAGAACAUGAACAAAAGCUGCAUGAUGUGAUUCAGAAUAAAACCAAGCAGUUUUACAAAAUGAAGCAUGAGUUUGAAGCAAAAUUAGCUAACCUGGACCAACAGUUACUCAGGUCUGCAGCGGAAAAUUCUGCACUCUCAAGGUCUUUGCAGGAGCGUUCUAGCAUGGUGAUACAGCUCAGUGAAGAAAAAGCCAAAGCUGAAGCAGAAAUUGAGAUUUUGAAGAGCAAUAUCGAGUCAUGUGAAAGGGAAAUAAAUUCUCUGAAAUAUGAACUCCAAAUUAACUCAAAGGAACUAGAAAUUCGUAUUGAGGAGAAAAAUAUGAGCGUACGGUCUGCAGAAGUUGCAAAUAAGCAACACCUGGAGGGAGUGAAGAAAGUUGCAAAAUUGGAAGCAGAGUGUCGGAGACUACGUGGUCUUGUACGGAAGAAGUUGCCUGGGCCUACAGCCUUGGCCCAGAUGAAGCUUGAG